AUGUCAGCAGAAACUGAUGCUACGAGUAUCAGACCAUCAAAGCGGGCUCGUGCUUCCUCUAAUACGGACAACGUGUCGGCGCUACAAUGUCAGGUUUGCCGUCGCACCUAUGACCGGCUUGACCACCUGAACCGACAUUUGGACUCGCAGACUUACUUCUUCGACACCAAUCUACUCAUGCAAAAAAUGCUGCAGAAGGGCAACCAAGCCUUAAUCGCCCCGUUGAGAGAGCGACCAAGGCAUGCAACGCCUGCGUCAUCUCCAAGGUAA